AGCGCGCCUUGACCUUCACGUUCACGUCGGAUUCUCCCAAAGUCGUAGACAUCGGCAGCGGCUCUGCCCAGUCGCCACGAUGGACGUUGUCAAGGCAGUCGAGACUUAUGUUACGCGGAUGGUCUCAGAACCCUCGGCGAUGAAGGUCCUCCUGCUAGACUCACAUACGACCCCCAUCGUCUCUCUAGCCUCAACACAGUCCACACUACUGGCCCACCAGGUGUACCUGACCGACCGCAUCGACAACAAGAAGCGCGAGCGCAUGACGCACAUGAAGUGUGUCUGCUUCCUCCAGAACAAUGAAGACAGCCUCGAAGCGAUGCAACUUGAGCUGAAGGAGCCAAAGUACGGAGAGUAUUACCUGUACUUCAGCAACAUCCUCACCAAGUCGGCCAUUGAGAGGUUAGCGGAAGCGGACGAGUAUGAGGUGGUGAGGGAGGUGCAGGAGUACUUCGCGGACUAUGCACCACUACUCCCAUCCCUGUUCUCCCUCAACCAGACACCCUCCGCCGAGAAACCACUAUACGGAUCCAAUCCAAACUCAUGGAACCCACAAGCGUUGGAACGUGCCGUACAGGGGAUCACUGCAGUGCUACUCAGUCUCAAGAAGAAGCCGACAAUACGCUACGAGAAGAUGAGCGGUAUGGCGCACAAGCUUGCAGGCGAGAUCCAGCACCGCAUCCAUGCAGAAGAGCAACUCUUCGACUUCCGCCCUACCCAGAUACCACCGCUACUUCUCAUCCUCGACAGGCGGAAUGAUCCUGUGACACCUCUCCUAUCCCAAUGGACGUACCAGGCGAUGGUUCACGAGUUGCUCGGGAUACAGAAUGGCCGCGUCAGUCUGCGUACCGUGCCAGAUAUUAGGCCAGAGCUAUCCGAAAUCACCCUCACCACUUCCACCGACCCAUUCUUCCAAGCGCACCACCUAUCUACCUUCGGUGAUCUCGGUGGCUCGUUGAAGGAGUACGUGCAGUCGUACCAAGCGCGAUCCGCCGCGCACGCACCGAAUGCUAUCAACUCCAUAUCCGACAUGAAGCGGUUUGUCGAGGAGUACCCUGAGUUCCGUAAACUUGGCGGCAAUGUCAGCAAACACGUCGCCCUCGUUGGCGAGCUCAGUCGUCUGGUAGAGCGGGACAAGCUGCUCGUCAUCGGCGAGGUUGAGCAGGGAUUAGCAACAAGUUCUGGUGCGGAUAUCAAGGAAGUGCAAGCGAUAGUCACAGACUCGACGGUGUCGCCCUGGCAUAAACUGCGGCUAGUUAUACUCUAUGCGCUGCGAUACCAGAAGACUCAGACGGCCAACAUCGCCACAUUGAUAAACCUGCUCUUGUCCAACGGUGUACCAAGAGAAGAUGCGCGGCUGGUGUACGUGUUCCUCAACAUCGCCGGCCAUGAUCAACGUCAAGACGACCUAUUCUCCACUGAGUCGCUCCUAGCAAAAGGUCGGUCUGCGUUGAAAGGCCUGAAGGGUGUCGAAAACGUCUACACGCAACAUCGACCACACCUAUCCACAACGAUGGAAAACCUCCUUCGCGGUCGGUUACGAGACACCAGUUAUCCCUUUAUCGAAAGCCCGGGACCAAACGCGGGAUUGCAAAGACCACAGGACGUAAUCAUAUUCAUGAUCGGUGGCACCACCUACGAAGAGGCCCGCACCGUAACCCUCUUCAACCAAGAUCCCGUCUCCGCCUCCGAUGGGAAUGUCACCGCUGCAACAGGAACGCGCUUCCUCCUGGGCGGCUCUUGCGUCCACAACUCGUCGAGCUACCUGGAGAUGGUGCGCGCCGCCGCGCAAAACUUUCCGGCAUCCGUCUACGAGCCUCCGCCCGAGUCCGCGUCGAACGCGCCUGUGUUGAAUCUGAACCUCGGGGGCGUGAACGUGAGCCUGGGCGGCCCCGCUGGAACGGGCGUAUACCGCACGAGCGGCGAGCAGGUGGGCGUACAGGCAGAGGGGAUCCGGGAGGGCGUCAUGAGCUUGUUCGGGAAGGUGAAGGAGGGUGUGGAUAGGAUUCAGAUACCAUAAGUUAUGCAUGCAGGCGCAAGAAUGAGAAUGUAUGAGGGCGAGUGAUACCACUGCUUGUAUGUAUCUCUGCGUAGUCUGCCCAGAAGGCGAAUACUACCCCGACUCCUCGUCGAAGAGGGAAUCGACGUCGGUGUUAUCCAAGCUGGGUAGUGAUGCAUCUUGGUAGAUCGUAACAUCGCCGUCGUCUGGCGUAUACUCCUCUGGAGGCCAGCGCCCAGGAUGGUCUGUAUGGAGCUCAACGACUGCCAAUUCCUGGCCGUCGACGAAUAUGCCUCGCUUCUGCCGCGACUG